AUGACACUGACCAAAAGAAUUCCACUUUGGAUAGACUGCGAUCCUGGCCAGGACGACGUUAUUGCAAUCACCACGGGUGCGUACCACCCGGCGUUUAAUUUGGUAGGAGUUUCGACGGUUCAUGGGAACGUCGCGCUCGAACAAACAACGCUAAACGCAUUACGGUUUCUAACAGCUAUCAAUCGUACCGAUGUGCCAGUUUUCCGUGGAGCCAGAAUACCCCUGACGGGUGGGCCGCUGCAUUGUCCUGAGAUUCAUGGUAUAACGGGCCUUGGUGGCUCUGGCAGAUUGCCGAAACCCGGGUUUAAUGCGCGCGACGAAACCGAAUUUUUCCAGUCCUUGGAGAAUGCAAUACGUGAACAUGCAGGUGAGUUGUGCAUUGCAGCGAUUGGACCCCUGACCAAUGUAGCGCAAUUUUUUGCCCAAUACCCGGAAUCCAGACGUCAAAUCAAAUAUUUGGCGAUCAUGGGCGGAGGGUUCGAAAGGUUCAACCAAAAUGGCUGUGCAGAAUUCAACAUUUGCUGCGAUCCACAAGCCGCACGCGACGUAUUGACGGAUCCAAUUUUGAGCGACAAAAUCGUGCUGGCGCCGCUCGAUAUGACCUCGACGGUCCGCGCCAGCGCAGACAAACGUGCCAGAAUUCUGGGAAACCCAGAAACCACUUCCAAUUUUCGUCGGCUUAUGUUUGAACUCACCGACCAUUUCCAUCAGCUACUUACGAAGCGGCACGGGCCCGACUACGUGGGGCCCAGCCUUCACGACCCAGUCGCCGUCGCCGCGCUACUACACCUUCACGGUGUUCAAGACCUUGGCUAUAAAUGGUCACGUGACACACUUAGCGUCGAAGUCAUCGGUGCCCGCGCCGGUGCCUUGGAAAAGACUGGCACUGGCACUGACUCGGGGGUCAUGAUCCUCAGUAGUGUAGAUACUGAUGCCUUCUGGGACAUGCUCAUCUCGGUGUAUGACCUUGUAGAUAGAUAA